AUGGUAAAGGUUCUAGUUACAGGCGGCAGUGGCUUUAUCGCAGCUCACGUUGUUGACUAUCUCCAGCAGCGGGGAUUUGACACCGUUUUUACUGUACGCUCGGAGGAAAAGGGAGAUCGCAUUCUUGAGAAUCAUCCGAACACGCCCAAGGAAAAGCUCUCAUAUGUGAUUGUCAAGGACAUAGCCCAAAAUGGUGCCUUCGAUGAGGCCAUUAAGUCCGACCCUCCAUUCGAUUACGUCCUUCAUACGGCAUCCCCAUUCCACUUCAAUGUGCAGGAUCCCGUGAAGGAUUUCCUCGACCCAGCAAUCAAGGGCACCACUGGGAUUUUGAACGCCAUCAAGGCGCAUGCCCCCACUGUCAAGCGAGUUGUCAUCACCUCAUCGUUCGCUGCCAUUGUCAACGGGAAGAAACACCCUAAGAUCUACAGUGAGAAAGAAUGGAAUCCAGUCACAUGGGAAGAGGCUAUGGACCCUGCAAACACAUACAGGGGUAGCAAGACCUUCGCGGAAAAGGCUGCCUGGGAUUUCGUGGAAAAGGAGAAGCCCAACUUCGAUCUUGUCACCAUCAAUCCUCCAUUGGUCCUUGGCCCAAUCGUCAGCUACCUGAAUUCGCUGGAUGCCAUUAACACAUCCAACCAGCGUGUGCGCGACAUCGUCCAGGGUCGGUUUAAGGAGCGAAUUCCUCCAACAGGCAUGUGGCUCUUUGUGGACGUGCGUGAUGUCGCGCUGGCCCAUAUUCGCGCCAUCGAGGUUGCAGAGGCUGGCGGUAAGAGGUUCCUGGUUGCUGCUGGGUUCUUCUCCAACAAGGUCCUUGUGGAGGCAGUCCGCGAGACCCACCCGGAACUGGAGUCUAAGCUCCCCUCUAAAGACUACCCGAAUGAUUUCCCAUCCGAACUAUACGAGAUAGACACUACGCGCUCGAAGGAGGUUUUGGGCAUGACAUACAGACCCUUCAAAGAGACUGUGGCAGACACAGUUAAGUCUCUGCAGGAUGCUGGAGCUUGA